GUUUUUCAUGAGCUUAUCGAUUGAGAACUACAUCAAAUAGCAACCGGGUGGCAGAAAGGUGGUGAAAUCGUGGACAAUGUCUGAUGAGGGCCGUACCGAGGGGGGUGUAGAUGAAGACAACCCAACAGCUGCUACAACCGAGGUAACCGGCACUGCUGCUACAACAGAGACGUUCGACUUUCAUGAAUUUCUGAAGUCUAAGAUUAAAGAACAACCCGACGACGAAGAAAGUACCGUGGACAAAUAUUGCUCUGUGAUUUCUCUGCUCCUGUUUGGCAUAGUAACUCUCGUCAUCAUUAUUGCUGGUGUUACUUCCUACAGGAUUCUCAUUGUUGUAUCUAUUUCGAAAAUAAAAGAGAACAGGACAGAUGCAUCUUAUCAUUUCACUGAUAGUAUAUCAGACAAUGUUACAGCACUUGUUGUUGAAAACUUUGAAAAAAUCGAGAAACUUAGAUGGUACUGUCUGUUGCUCGGGAGUAUGCUUGCACCCGUUGUUCUUGGAUUCAUUGGAUCAGUCUCAUCUGCCUGUUUGCAAUCAGCACGCAAAAAAGGGACAAAAUUCAUGCCACAGGGCUUUUGUGACCAACAGACAGGCGCUUCCAUGCCUGUUGGCCGAAAAAUGCCGCUUGGAGCAUUUGCAAAAAGGAUUAUUUUCCUAAUUUUUCUUGUAAGAAGCCAAGAUGGCAACUACAUCUUCACUCAGUUCCAUGAUCCCUCCAUUGUACACUUAGACCGCAGGAAAAAGAGGGCGCUAUUAUACUCCAACAGCCAACACAAGGCCUUGUGA